CAAAAACCCGAUCGCGACUCGCGAGCGGAUCCGGGUUGGGGUGAACAGUCACGGCAGGACCCGCGAAGCGGCCGUGCGAGCGACCGAAUCACGAAUCCCGAUCGACCGGCGGCGGCGGCGGCGGGACCGACGACCAUGCCGGACAAGGCGGUGGACGACGCCAUGGAGUCCGCGGUGGGGGCCCACUUCAGCGGCCUCCGCCUCGAGGCGCUGCGCCUCCCCGCCCCAUCCGGGCCCUCCUCCCCCUCCUCCUCCACCUCCGCCGGCGCCGCCGCGGCCCUCGCCAACGGGCUCGCCCACGCCCACGCCGACGUCGCCUCCCCCUCCUCACUCAGGCAGCCCUUCGUCAUCGGGGUCUCGGGCGGGACGGCCUCGGGGAAGACCACCGUGUGCGACAUGAUCAUCCAGCAGCUGCACGACCACCGCGUCGUGCUCGUCAACCAGGAUUCAUUUUACCGUGGCUUAACUGCUGAGGAAUCUGCAAGUGCUCAGGACUACAACUUCGAUCAUCCUGACGCAUUUGAUACGGAGCAACUUCUUGAAUGCAUGGGGCAACUAAAACGUGCAUUGCCUGUAAAUGUUCCCAUAUAUGACUUCAAAAAUCACCGAAGGUGCUCAGAAAGGUUCCGAAAGGUCAAUGCAUCAGAUGUUAUUAUUUUGGAGGGCAUUUUAGUCUUCCAUGAUCAAAGGGUUCGCAAUCUGAUGGACAUGAAAAUUUUUGUGGACACAGAUGCAGAUAUUAGGCUUGCCCGGCGAAUAAGGCGUGAUACAGUUGAAAGAGGUAGAGAUGUUAGCUCGGUGCUUGAUCAGUAUGGGAGGUUUGUGAAGCCAGCAUUUGAUGAUUUUGUUCUGCCUUCAAAGAAAUAUGCUGAUGUGAUCAUACCACGCGGAGGUGAUAACCAUGUUGCAAUUGACCUGAUCGUUCAACAUAUUCGUACAAAGCUUGGUAUGCAUGACUUGUGCAAAGUCUUCCGAAACGUCUUUGUAGUUCAAUCAACUUUCCAGAUCCGAGGAAUGCAUACUCUGAUUCGUGAUAGGGAUAUCACUACACCUGACUUUGUCUUUUAUUCAGAUCGAUUAAUACGUUUGGUAGUUGAGCAUGGUUUGGGCCAUUUGCCAUUUACAGAAAAGCAGAUUAUUACUCCAACAGGAUCUGUUUAUACGGGAGUUGAUUUCUGCAAGAAGCUAUGUGGAGUGUCUAUUGUCCGAAGUGGUGAAAGUAUGGAGAAUGCAUUGCGUGCUUGCUGUAAAGGAAUAAAAAUUGGCAAAAUUUUGAUACAUCGUGUUGGAGAUAAUGGACAGCAACUCAUAUACCACAAACUGCCAAUGGAUAUAGAUGAACGGCAUGUUCUGCUUUUGGAUCCGGUGCUUGGCACAGGGAACUCAGCAAAUCAAGCUAUAGAUCUUCUUCGAAGGAAAGGUGUUGCUGAGGAGAGGAUCAUAUUCCUCACUCUCAUCUCGGCACCCGAAGGGAUUCAAUGUGUGUGUACGCGAUUUCCGAAGUUGAAGCUUGUAACGUCAGAGAUAGAUACCGGGCUGAGCGAGGAAUUCAGAGUCAUCCCAGGUUUGGGAGAGUAUGGUGAUCGCUACUUCGGCACAGACAACUGAUGGCGGCUCGUACUGCUAUCGAUGCCUGUGCAAAAGCUGACUUCAUCGCUGGAGACUGCAGAGGAAUGAUGGUACAAUCGGCGGUAGCAUCAAUUGGACCGAGGAUACAUGCUGGGGAAACAGAUGUUAAAUCAGAAGAUACAGCAUGAAUAUUUUUAGACUCCAGAGUUAGAUAUCCGUCACUAGCCAUUGCUGGAGCUAGUUGUCUGGCCUUAGCCCUGAGUGGAGGUAGUAGAAUGAUUGCAAGCUCGUUUCAUUUGAAUAUCUCUGUUGCUGUGCUGCUUCAGCUGAGGCAACACAUGAUUGAGCCUUAAAUGUCCAAGUGCCCAUCACUAGCUGUUACGCUGCUAUUGUGUAAAAUUAUGUCAAACCUGUUUGCACCUCUUGAUGUCAGAUGUUACAAUUAACAUUUGGAGAAAUGUGAGUCCUCUAAGCAAGCCAAA